CAUGGCGACGCUUCCGCAGGGCGGAAGAGGAGAGCGAGAGAGAGAGAGAAAUGAAUCCGGUCCCAGCACCUUGUUUAUUAUCCUCGCAAAAUGUGUGUCUCUCUCACCUGCCGCCUUUAAUCCCUCGUGUUUCGGUGUUCGGAAGAAACCUUCAUCGCCAUGUUGGUCGGUGUGGUUUAAAAUUGUUUCCCUUUUAAAGGGGGGUGAGAGAGAGAGAGAGAGAUGGCGUCCCAGGCAGAGUCGCCGGCGAAUUUCGCCACCAGCAACGACGUGGACUUUUUCAGGCCAGAUAAACUCGCCGACAAUAAUGCCGCCGCCGAGUUGGAAGUUGGGGCGUUGCUGGGCGCCGAAUCGACGACGACGACGAGGCGCCCUACAGUCGCCGCCACGAAAAGUAUCACCACUGCUGCUGCUGCUGCUGCUGUAGAACUACGUAGCCCGCGAGUGGGGUUUCAGGAGUUGUUGCAGCGGCUGCAGAAUGCCAAGGUGUUCGAGGAGUUUAUGGCGCAGAAGCGAGAGGGCGACCUCUUUGACGUGGUGUACGACUGUGUCGCGGCGCGCGAGUUUCGACCGCGCAUGGGCAGGAAGGGAAAGGACUUGGACGUGGCGACGAAACUGGAAAAGCGGGGGUAUUCCAGCUUCUUGCAAAAGAAGUACACGGAGGCCAUGCGGUACUACAACCAAGCUGCCCUCGUGGCGCCCAAGUCCGAGUCCCUGGGCUUGAUCUACUGCCACCGAUCCGCCGUCUCCUUCUUGUGGUGUGACUACGGCAACUGCUUGGAUGACAUCAACAGGGCCCUGUCGUUCAAUCUGCCCACUUCUGCUCGCAAACGCCUCGAGUUCCGCAGGGCCAAGUGCGAGAUCUUGUUGCGCAGUGUCAAAUCUGACAAACUCACGACUUGCAACAACAAGGCCGCCUCAGACGCCAGUGACGACCCCGAGGAUUCCACAGAUGCAGACACAGAGUCUUCGACGAAAGACACGACGAUGGCCAAUAAUAAGGCAUUGUCCUCGUCGACGACGGCCCUGACGACGAAAGGCAGAGCGAGUGGGACAAAGAAUGACGACAAGAACGAUAAUAAGAGGCCGAAAAGGCUGCAUCAGCACUUGAGUCAGGCUCUGCCGCCGAAAAUCGUCGGCGGUGAGGUGUUGUCAGUUGAGGAGCCGUAUGCGAAAGUUUGCGUGCCAAAUUAUUGGAAGACGCAUUGCCAGCACUGCUUGCGGCCCUGUGACAUUGUGAUUCCAUGUCCUUCGUGUUCACUGGUGUGCUUUUGCUCGGAAAAGUGCCAAGACUCGGCCACCGUGUACCACUCGAUCGAGUGCACGCACAUCCUCGACUUGCGCCUGCUGGGCGAGAACAGUGGCGUCCUUUUGGCCUACCGCGUGUUCACGCAGGACCACGUGGACUUUUUCCGUCGCUGGGCACCCGUCAUUGCCCAGAUUGAGAGUUUCCGCGAGCACAACGUCAUCUUUGGCCACAAGACCAAGGUGCGCAACUUCCCCGCCGUCUACGCCACUCUGACCCACGUGUGGGACAAGAACCCCGUGGUGAGCUUCCGGGCUGCAGCAGCCGCCGUCUACCUGGUCAAGUCGCUGGACCAGGCGUCCUACUUUGCCAGCAGCCUCACCAAGGAGGCGGACAAAAGGUUCAUUGGUCGCUUGCUGUUUCACUGCGUCCUGUCCGUGUCCAGCAACUUCUUCUCGCUGCCGGAAAACGUGCCGCUGAAGUCAGUGGGCGACAUCACGAACGUGGCGGAAGUCGGCAGCGCCUUCUUCCCCAACGCCGCCUUCUUCAACCACUCGUGCUUCCCAGAGGCCAUGCACUACUUUGUAGACAACCAGCUGGUGUGCAGGGCCCUGCUGCCUGCCAAGCCCGGCGACCAGUGCAGACUGUCGUGGCUGGGUGCCAAUUACUACUUUGCCUGCGACUGCCAGGCGUGUCGCGAAGACUGGCCCCAGUUUGCAGACCUCAGCGACGAGCGAAAGCCCAAGUGUCUAGUGUGCAGUGAAAAGCACGAGGACCUGGAUGACCAUCACGACCACGUAAUGGACGCCAAUAACAUCAUUGCCACUGGUACUGGUAUUGGUACUACUACCACCACCACCAUGCAGAUGGCCCUGGCGUCCCGGAUGGCGCGCUUGGACGCCCUGGAGCGGAAGUUCCUCAGGCUCAAGGUCAAGGUUGACAAGGGAUCCAGGCCCAAGUUGCUGCACAAGUCCCUGCCUUUGUGUCUGGCGUACUUGGCGGCACUGCACGAGUUGUUUGAGUGUCCCAACAGGAGUUUCCUGAAUGUCUACGACUUUGUGGGGGACCUUUUCCAACUCGAGCCUUAUUCCAGUAUUACGCGUUUCUCUUAA